AUGACUGCACAGGAAAGCCAAUCUCAACAGAGCGUCAGCACCGUGGAUCCCUCCGUGACAAGCUUCGACGGAGGUGUUGCCGAAGAAGGCGCAUUGGAACAGGAUACUUACCUGGACGAGGACAACCAGCUGAGAUAUAUGGUGUACUCUGAGGAGCCGGAUAGUAUCACGGAUGAUGACUGA